UUCUUGAUUCGCUGCACCAAAACAACCUGCAUGACAUCAGGUCUUUCUAUGAACUGCAAACAUGAGCUAUGCAUUUAAUCUUAGUGGUUCACGUCUUUAAUCAUCAGGAAUAGUAUGACCAAGGCAGAGAAAUCUAUAACUUGUACCUCACUUGCAAUCAAAAUGCAUUAAUGGUCUAUAAGAACACAUUUUCUGUUUACAGGGAAAACAGUAAAGCCCAACAAUACAUGAUAAACUGAGCGAGAUAACAGCAGCAAUGUUGUUCAAAUAUUGUGCCUUUUCUUCUCCAGGAACAGCAUGCUCUUUGUUUUUUUAGCAAAACAGCAUACUUUUUGUUAGAACAUAAUCUGUAUUAAUUGGGAGUGUGUUCUGAUGUGCUGCAGGUGGUGGAGGAGAAGGGAUGGGCUGUGAUGGGGUCGGAGAACUGCUGCAACUGCAAGAAGGCGGUGGGGAGGAUAAUGGAGCAGGUGAGGGCAGAGACACAGCAAUGGAGUGAGAUGCAAGGCAUGUUGGAACAAGUUAGGGUGGAAAUGGAGGAACUCCAGUCAUCCAAGGACCUCUGGCGACAUCGCGCCAUUACUUCCAAAAUAAAUAUCCGCUCCAUUCAGACUCAAAUGCUGGAGUGGAAACAAAAGGCACACGCCUCCGAGCACAAGGUAACUGAGCUGCAGAAACAGGUGUCUGAGCUCCAAAUCAAGCUUCAAUCAACAAGGGCUGCGCUUUUCAACCCCCCCACUUCAUCCUCUCGAACACGUUCAGAGAAAUGGAACCAUGAUCUUCAAAGGAUCAAAAACCAGCAGCAGAGAAUGCUGGACUCUCACAGGGAGAAAGAGAAGCAUGUCCUGGUCUGCCGCUUGAAGAAUCCACAGAGCAAUUUUCCAAGACGUUCGCCAUUGCAGGAUAUCGGAAACAACUCUCCUAUGUUCCGGCCAUAAUAUUGAGCCUAUAGUACUACAAAAUAACUUCAGAGGGAAGUAAAAGGAACCUGGAUUGCAGCAACACAUGGUCUUGGACUGCCUCAAUGGAUCAGUUUUGCUUGUCAGAGGUGGUGGUAGAUCCUGCCACAAGAUCCGAUAAGCAGCUCCGGGAAAGCGCAUCUGAAUUAGAGGAGGAUCGGAAAAUUUGGUUUGUUUGAGAGCAGAUUUUCCUUGGGUGCUUGUAGCCUUCUUCUCCUAAGCGAACAAAACUGUUGCUUCCAGGAGGAUGUAAUUUUAGUCUCUAAAAGAAGGAUGGAGAUAGUGGCUCUAUCGACAAAGCACUCUCUUGGAUUGAAUGGAUUUGUAUCUACAAGGUUUUGCUAGAGCAUAAUUAUCACUAUGAAUGCAGAGUCAAAUCAAUGAUAUGUGAGUGUGAAAUGUAACAAAAGCACCAGAUAUUUUACCACUCGAAUGGAGGUGGUUGAUGCUUAAUGCAAUUGUAUUAACAGCUUAGCCGGGAUUUUGGAAUUGAUCAUGGAUAACCUCUUCAUAUAGGUGAAAUGGAAAAGAUUUUUGAGGGCUA